CCCCGCCCCAAGAAAAACCACAAUCCCCUUCGCCUUUGAAGCCUCCAAGGCCCCAGACCGAACAAAUCCACCUAAUCUUCCUCUCUCUCUCUCUCUUUCUAAAGCCUUCUUUAUUUUCUUGCUUUGUCUUUUCUUCAUUUCACCCAGAAAGCUCUGGUCUUGAUCUUUACUUGUUUCUCGUUGUGUGUUGAGAUAUGGCUACAAAGAAGAGCGUUAGCAGUCUAAAUGACGCAGAUUUGAAGGGGAAGGGGGUGUUUGUGAGAGUGGAUCUCAACGUCCCUUUGGAUGAUAACUUCAAUAUCACUGAUGAUACCAGGAUCCGAGCUGCCGUUCCCACCAUCAAGUACUUGAUGGAUCAUGGCUCCAAAGUUAUUCUUUGCACCCAUUUGGGACGUCCAAAGGGUGUUACGCCCAAGUACAGCUUGAAGCCACUUGUACCUAGGCUAUCUGAACUUCUUGGAGUCCAGGUUAAAAUGGCUAAUGACUGUAUUGGUGAGGAAGUUGAGAAACUGGUGGCUGAGCUCUCAGACGGAGGUGUCUUGCUUCUUGAGAAUGUAAGGUUCCACAAGGAGGAGGAAAAGAAUGAUCCUGAAUUCUCCAAGAAACUAGCUGCUCUUGCAGAUGUCUACGUUAAUGAUGCAUUUGGCAGUGCUCAUAGAGCCCAUGCAUCAACAGAGGGUGUGGCUAAAUACUUGAAACCUUCUGUUGCCGGUUUUCUUAUGCAGAAGGAACUUGACUAUCUUGUUGGAGCUGUGGCAAAUCCUAAGAAGCCUUUUGCUGCAAUUGUUGGUGGCUUAAAGGUAUCAACCAAGAUUGGAGUGAUAGAAUCCCUCCUGGGGAAGGUUGAUAUCCUCAUAUUGGGUGGAGGAAUGAUGUUUACUUUAUACAAGGCACAAGGGUACUCAGUUGGGUCAUCCCUUGUGGAGGAGGACAAACUUGAUCUUGCAACUUCACUUGUUGAAAAAGCCAAGGCUAAGGGGGUAUCUUUACUGCUGCCUACUGAUGUGGUCAUUGCUGACAAGUUUGCAGCUGAUGCCAACAGCAAGAUGUCUCUCACAUGGCAGCAAAGGUUUUCAAAGCCAACCGGUUUGAAUAUCCAGAGAGUGAGAACAGCACAAGAAUAUAGAUCGCUCCCUUUGAUUGCAAAUCUGCCGUUUGAAGCAUUUCAGUAUGCCCAAAAUGUCCAAUCAUGCGGUUGAAAUGUAUUGUGCAUAUAUGACAAGGGGUUAACAAAUUGAAAAUGGUGGAGGUGGUAGCUGUAGCGCUCUUAUGUGAUCUCCUCCCAGUCUGUCGCAAUGAUGCCAAAGACGGUGGAAAGUAACCUACGCAACAAACUGUGUCACAGAAUCACCUUACUUUCAGAGCACAUGAUACUUUCUUCGUUGGACCACUUUUUGUAUACAGUAACACAGCAUAGAACUUCUGUUAAAAAAUACUGUAAAAUUAUUUAAAAUAUUAUAAAUAUAUCAGAUUGGCAUGAGAAAAUAUGUUUUUAAAAUCGUUUGAAAAAGAAAUCUUGAUGUGUAUUAAUUGAUAUGAUAGAAAUAAAAAACAGAAAAAAAAUCAUAGAAGGGCACCAUCCUUUUUUCUUCAAUCUAUUCGUAAGUGGAAUAUAUAUUUUGUCUGUUUCAAAAUUCAACUCUCUUUGUGGCUACGACUAAGUCCUGGAUUAUGAAGUUCGAUGGAAAUCAUUCGUCUUUGUGCAAGGGAAAAAAAACAAAUAAAUAUAAAUAAUAAUUUAAAGAAAAUAGAUUCAAUAUUAUACAUAAAAACAGAACUUGAAGAUGAUAGCUAAUUAUUUAUGAUUUGGAAUAAAACAUCUCACAGUGGCCUAAAUAUGCCCUGGAUUAUAUAGGAAAAAGGCAAACACACCAGGAGGCCGUAAGCCCCGUUCUGUUAGAACCCUAGAGCGGGCUAAGUGAAUAACUGUGAAGCAACGGCCACUGUGACUCAAGUAUAGAAUUCGAGGGCUCCAAACUUGUCUCAGCCCCUCGCCAAUUGCGAUCGAAUUCCAUGCCUAAGUUUUCCCGAUUCCGGGACUGCAUCUCUGCAGGAAGGGCCCGGGGACUUUCCUGGGUACAAGCAGAGGCACCCAACCACCACCUCCUGGUGAA